CGGAGACAAAUUGGCGCCAUUUUGAAGCUUGGGGAAGGCGGCACAGAGCGGGAGACACGGACGGAGAAGAGAACGGCGGGUCGGAGUCGUCGGGAAGGGAGAGUACCGAUUCUGACGGAUCCGAUCGAUUGGAGAGGUCCAAUAAAGUUUUUCAACAAUGGCUCAUUCGAAGCCCAAAGGAAAUGAUGGGAAGAUCACGUAUCCACCCGGGGUGAAAGAAAUUUCUGACAAGAUUUCUAAAGAAGAGAUGGUGAGACGGCUGAAGAUGGUUGUAAAAACCUUCAUGGACAUGGAUCAAGAUUCUGAAGAAGAAAAGGAGCGUUAUCUUAAUCUUGCUUUGCAUUUAGCAUCAGACUUCUUUCUCAAACAUCCCGAUAAAGAUGUCCGCUUGCUUGUGGCAUGUUGUCUAGCAGAUAUUUUCAGAAUAUAUGCUCCAGAAGCUCCAUACACCUCUCCGGAUAAAUUAAAGGAUAUCUUUAUGUUCAUAACAAGGCAGCUAAAGGGGCUUGAAGACACCAAGAGCCCCCAGUUCAAUAGAUACUUCUAUUUGCUUGAGAACAUCGCUUGGGUGAAGUCAUACAAUAUAUGUUUCGAGCUAGAAGACAGCAAUGAGAUCUUUACACAGCUUUACAAAACACUGUUUUCUGUCAUUAACAAUGGUCAUAACCAGAAAGUCCACAUGCAUAUGGUGGAUCUGAUGAGCUCUAUCGUAUGUGAAGGAGAUACGGUGUCCCAGGAGCUGCUGGAUUCUGUGCUUGUUAACCUGGUUCCGGCUCACAAGAAUUUAAACAAACAAGCGUAUGACCUGGCAAAAGCAUUAUUGAAAAGGACUGCUCAGGCCAUAGAGCCAUACAUUACAAAUUUUUUCAACCAGGUUCUCAUGCUCGGCAAAACCUCAAUCAGCGAUCUGUCGGAGCAUGUCUUCGAUCUGAUUCUGGAAUUGUACAACAUCGACAGCCAUUUGCUCCUGUCUGUUUUACCUCAGCUGGAGUUCAAGCUCAAGAGCAAUGAUAAUGAGGAGAGGCUGCAGGUGGUGAAACUGCUAGCAAAAAUGUUUGGUGCCAAGGAUUCGGAGCUGGCCUCCCAAAACAAGCCGCUGUGGCAAUGCUACUUGGGGAGGUUUAAUGACAUUCAUGUACCUAUUCGCUUGGAAUGUGUGAAGUUUGCCAGUCACUGCUUAAUGAACCACCCAGACCUAGCAAAGGAUCUAACAGAGUAUCUUAAAGUGAGGUCUCACGACCCGGAAGAAGCAAUUAGACAUGAUGUUAUCGUGUCUAUAGUUACUGCUGCCAAGAAAGAUCUCCUGCUUGUCAAUGACCACCUACUUAAUUUUGUCCGUGAGAGAACGCUAGACAAACGGUGGAGAGUACGAAAAGAAGCUAUGAUGGGGCUCGCUCAGAUCUACAAGAAAUAUUCCUUACAAGCAGAAGCUGGGAAAGACUCCGCAAAACAGAUUUCAUGGAUUAAAGAUAAGCUGCUACACAUAUAUUACCAGAACAGUAUUGAUGACCGGUUGCUGGUGGAACGUAUUUUUGCUCAGUACAUGGUGCCUCACAAUUUGGAAACAACAGAACGCAUGAAAUGCCUGUAUUAUCUCUAUGCAACGCUGGAUUCUAACGCUGUGAAAGCAUUGAAUGAAAUGUGGAAAUGCCAGAACAUGCUGAGGCAUCAUGUUAAAGAUUUGUUGGACUUGAUCAAGAAGCCAAAAUCAGAAGCCGGCAGUAAAGCAAUAUUUUCAAAAGUUAUGGUAAUUACACGGAACCUGCCAGACCCUGGCAAAGGUCAAGAUUUCUUAAAGAAAUUUACCCAAGUAUUAGAAGAGGACGAGAAAAUCAGAGGUCAGCUGGAGAAGCUUGUCAGCCCGAUGUGUUCCUGCAAGCAGGCAGAAGUCUGUGUGCGUGACAUUACAAAGAAAUUAGGCAAUCCAAAGCAGCCAACCAACCCCUUUCUGGAAAUGAUAAAGUUUCUUCUGGAGAGAAUAGCACCGGUACACAUUGACACAGAAUCCAUAAGUUCCCUGAUAAAGUUGGUGAACAAGUCAAUAGAUGGCACUGCGGAUGAUGAAGAUGAGGGUGUACCCACAGAUGAAGCAAUACGGGCCGGCCUCGAGUUACUCAAGGUUCUUUCUUUCACGCACCCGAUAUCCUUCCAUUCAGCUGAAACAUUUGAAUCCCUCUUGGCCUGUCUGAAAAUGGAUGAUGAAAAAGUAGCAGAGGCUGCCCUGCAAAUCUUCAAGAACACAGGGAACAAAAUCGAGGAGGAUUUUCCGCAUAUCAGAUCGGCAUUACUUCCGGUUUUACAGCAGAAAGCCAAAAAGGGACCAUCUCGCCAAGCCAAGUACUCUAUUCACUGCAUACAUGCGAUAUUUUCUAGCAAAGAAACUCAGUUUGCCCAGAUAUUUGAGCCAUUACACAAAAGCCUGGAUCCCAGCAACCCAGAGCAUCUCAUCACCUCACUGAUUUCCAUCGGCCACAUAGCCCAGCUGGCACCGGAGCAGUUUGCUGCGCCUUUAAAAUCAUUGGUGGCAACAUUUGUUGUCAAAGAUCUACUGAUGACUGACAGACUUCCCGGCAGAAAGACAACAAAGCUUUGGGUGCCAGAUGAUGAAGUAUCCCAAGAAACUUUGGUCAAAAUUCAAGCCAUUAAGAUGAUGGUAAGAUGGUUAAUAGGAAUGAAGAAUAACCAUAGCAAAUCUGGGAACUCUACUUUGCGACUUUUAACAGCAAUAUUACACACUGAUGGGGAUUUAACUGAACAUGGGAAACUGAGUAAACCUGACAUGUCCCGUCUGAGGCUGGCUGCCGCGUGUGCGAUUGUAAAACUAGCCCAGGAACCGUGUUACCAUGAAAUAAUCACAUUGGAGCAAUAUCAGCUUUGUGCACUGGCUAUCAAUGACGAGUGUUACCAGGUGAGACAGUUAUUUGCACAGAAACUUCACAAAGGACUGGCCAGGUUGCGGUUACCGCUGGAAUAUAUGGCCAUCUGUGCUCUUUGUGCGAAAGAUCCGGUCAAGGAACGGCGGGCGCACGCCAGGCAGUGCCUUGUGAAGAAUAUCAACAUUAGAAGAGAGUAUCUGAAGCAGCAUGCAGCCGUAAGUGAAAAAUUACUCUCGCUUCUGCCGGAAUAUGUUGUUCCAUAUACCAUUCAUCUGCUCGCGCAUGACCCGGAUUAUGUCAAAGUUCAAGAUAUAGAACAACUCAAGGAUAUAAAAGAAUGUUUGUGGUUCAUCUUGGAGAUUUUAAUGGCGAAAAAUGAAAACAACAGUCAUGCUUUUAUCCGGAAAAUGGUGGAAAAUAUUAAGCAAACAAAAGAUGCGCAGGCCCCGGAUGACCCCAAGAUGAAUGAAAAAAUGUACACUGUGUGUGACGUGGCGAUGAAUAUCGUUAUAUCAAAGAGCACAACUUACAGCCUGGAAUCUCCAAAAGACCCAGUGCUGCCAGCACGCUUCUUCACACAACCCGAUAAGAAUUUUAGCAACAACAAAAAUUAUCUCCCCGCAGAACUGAAAUCCUUUUUCACUCCAGGAAAGCCAAAAUCAACAAAUGUUCUUGGAGCUGUCAACAAGCCGCUGUCUUCUGCCGGUAAGCAGAUGCAGACAAAGUCUUCUAGAAUGGAAACGGUCAGCAAUGCAAGCAGUGGCUCAAACCCAGGCUCCCCGGGAAGGAUAAAGGGAAGACUUGACGGUACAGAAUUGGAUCAGAGUGAAAAUGAAGACUUCACCAUGAUGUCUUCUCCUCUGUCUGGGAAGAAAGGCGAUAAAAGAGAUGACUCGGAUCUUCUAAGGUCUGAAAUUGAAAAGCCUAGAGGACGCAAAAAACAAUCUCUUCUUGACCAAGAGGACAGCUUGAAUUUAGACGAUUUGUCAAAAUCUGCUCAGGAACCUAAACCUAGGGGAGGUCAGCGGGGAAGGAAGAGACCUGCUGCUGCGCCCGAGCCAGACGAUCAACGAUUGAAAGAAGACUUGCUUGAGAACGAGGAUGAACAGAACAGCCCGCCCAAGAAGGCAAGGAGAGGUCGGCCCCCAAAGUCUGCAAAAUCACCCGGAGCAAAGGAAGAGCCCGCAAUAAAGACACCAAAAAGAGGUAGGAAAAAGGCAGCAGAAAUUCCACCUGAAGAUGAUGAGGAACCAGUUGAGAUGAACGAGGAACAAGAAGCUGAAUCCACAGAACCAAAAAGGAGAGGAAGGGGUGCAUCAAAAACACCAAAAAAGACCCCACAGAAGCCUGAGCAGACAGAAUCCAGCCUCGAUUCCCCUCAUUCUACACCACAGAAGAGGCGAGGAAGGCCACCCAAAAAUGCUGCACCGCAAGAAAAGAAAAGCGUAGGGAGAUCUAAAAAGGCUGCCAGUAGGGAAGCUGAAUCAGACGACGAGAUGGACGUGUCUCAGAACAGCCCGGCCGCGAGUGAUAAUGCUUCCCAAGAGGACGAGGCUACAGAAGAAGAAGCCAGUCCUAUUGUUGUACGGCGUAGAUCAGCAAAAAAACGAUGAGGAAGGAAAUUACUGCCUAAAAGCUGGAAAAUGAAAAACCAGGGAUCCGCUUGUUAGAUGGCGUGUGGAUGCAGCUGUCUUCGUACCAGAUGGACUCGCUGAAUGACAACUUGCAUAGACUUUCGGUUUCAUGCCCGUGCAUCUCCAGCCGCUAUUGUUUGUCAUUAGCCGUGGGUAUUUGUGUGACUUGUAACGUGUGCUGGACCUGUAGACAUGAACAUGUAAAUAGCUCUUUUUUUUUUUUUUUUUUUUUUUUAAAGUUUCAUGAAAUGCUUUGUAUAGCUUUUUAUUUUUCAGCUUUAAACUGACAUUAACUGAAUGGCCAUUCAUUUCCCCCCCAACAUUAUGGAGAGCAAACAAGCUGUUCUCAGUGGGAUUGAAGCAAUACCUUCCAUUGUGUGUGCUGUAAUCUCCUUGGCGUUUUUACUGUGAAAAAAAAUUAUAAUCUGUCAUUACUUCUGUCCGCCAUUUUACUGAAAAAUCUUUCUACAUUAAUCUAUUUAAUCUUGUGUUUACUUCUUGGGCACCUUUUUGUCCUUCCUAGUGCCCAACUGGUUCUCUUUCUACAACAAGGCAUUCGGUAAGAUAGACACUUCGGGAGCAAAUUGAACUUGUCCAAAAGCGUGUUAAUGAACACCUCAGUAUUGGUGGCAGUCGUCACUGCCUGUAUUGUGGCAUUGCAAAUUGUAAGAAAAAAAGUAUUUUAAAGUGUUUGCGCUAUGAAAUAAUGUAUUAAAGACGCUACCUAUUU